CCCUCAACACACGCGAAAACAAACAUGGAGAGUACAAUAACCUUGCACAAGAGUUAACUUAAUUGAAACCCCGUAUAAACAUCCAUUUUGUGUAGAGAAAGCUGAUUUCAGCGAUGACUUUGCGGAGCUGCGAGACGUUUUUACGCAGAUCUCUGCGAUUCUCGACGGCCCUCAACUUGACAGCAUUCCCCGAGCACGAGCAGCUGUAUCUGCGUGUGUCAUCAGGUUGCUCAGUAUUUCGUCCACAGACAGUGAGGAAAUGUCUCUUUCACUGGACCCCGGCCUGCACGGUGUCCCAAGGUGUCUUUUUGGACAGACUUCAGAAGGGAGCUGCUGUGACUGACGAGAGUCUCUGUAAUCAGCCAGUGUCUGUUUCACCAGACAGAGCCCAACAGUUUUCCUUAUUAAUGAAAGAUCCUGAUCAACCUGAAAAUGCCAAAUCUCUUAAAGUUGCAAUAGUGGGUUCACCGAAUGCAGGGAAGUCCACACUGACGAAUCAACUGCUGGGUCGAAAGUUGUUUGCUGUUUCAUCAAAAGUGCACACCACAAGAUCACGUGCUGUUGGUGUCCUGACAGAGAAUGACACUCAAAUUGUUUUGUUGGAUACCCCUGGUCUCACCACACAGAUAAAAGCUAAAAGACACCAGCUGGAGAACUCGCUCUUGGUGGAUCCAUUUAAGUCACUAAAGGAAGCUGAUUUAGUGGUGGUGUUAGUUGACGUGUCUGAUAAAUGGACCCGCAGUAAGCUGAGCUAUGAGGUGCUGAAGUGCCUGGCCCUGAAUCCAGAUGUCCCUGCCGUCCUUGUCCUCAAUAAGGUGGACUUACUGAAGAACAAAGCGCUGUUGUUGGACAUCACGGCACAGCUGACAGAAGGCAUGGUGAAUGGAAAGAAGAUCAGAAUCCAUGGCGCAUCAAAACCAGUGCGGAAAGCAGCAGCCGGAGCCAACAGCAGACUUAAAGAAAAAAAAGCUGCUGGGAGCCUGGAGGACGAGGCGGAUCAUGAGGACAAGCUGAAGGCCCUGAAGAGCCACGGGGGGUGGCCGCAUUUCAAAGACGUUUUCAUGCUCAGUUCUAUUGACCAUGAAGAUGUGGAAACAUUAAAGAGGUACUUGUUCGUAGCUGCAAAGCCUUGCCAGUGGCAGUACCACAGUGAGGUCCUGACAGAUCAGAGUCCUGAGGACGUGUGCUUCAAUACCAUCAGAGAGAAACUACUGCAGAAUCUCCCUAAAGAGGUGCCGUACACUAUGACACAGGAAAUUGAAGUCUGGAAGGAGUCUGAGGAUGGGGUGCUCGACAUAUCCAUCAAACUGUAUGUGCAAAAGGAAACCCAUAUGAAAAUGGUUAUCGGUCCUGGAGGUCAGCUGAUAACCAGAAUAAACCAGGAAGCUGGAAAUGACCUGAUGAAGAUUUUCUUGUGUAAUGUGCGCUUAAAAAUCUCGGUGAAGUUGAGGAAGUGAAGUUAACUCUGUUAACUCUUCAGAUGACAGGUCAUAGCCUGAUGCAUAAAGAAGGACACAGAAACCUUAAAAAAAAGAGAUAUUUAAGAGUGAAGAAAUGGACAAGAACUCAAAAUAUCUCUACUUAUACAAGAUAUCAACAGAUGUUCUCAAAUGAAAUUCAAGUUUGGCAUAUAACAUGGUUUUCUGUUUAAUUUUAGUUGCAAGACUGCCAUUUGUUUUAUUAACAAUACUGGGAUACCAUCUGCCUAUGC